AUGCAGCCCGCCGUCUCCGCCUGCUUCAUGCUGCUCUUUGUCCUGCUGUGUGUCCUGGGGAUCCUGGCCAACGGCUUCAUCGUGCUGGUGCUGAGCAGAGAGAGGAUGCGGCGGGGGAGGCUGCUCCCCUCCGACGUGAUCCUCCUUAGCCUGGGCGCCUCCCGCUUCUGCCUGCAGUGCGUUGGGAUGAUGAACAACUUUUACUACUACCUCCACCUGGAGGAGUACAGCACGGGCCUGGCUCGGCAAUUCUUUGGCCUCCACUGGGACUUCCUGAACUCGGCCACCUUCUGGUUCGGCUCUUGGCUCAGCGUCCUCUUCUGCAUGAAGAUCGCCAGCUUCACCCACCCCACCUUCCUCUGGCUGAGGUGGCGGCUCCCAGGCUCGGUGCCCUGGCUCCUCGGGGCUUCCCUCCUGAUCUCCUUCCUCGUCACCCUGCUCUUCUUUUGGGGAAACCAUGCCGUGUAUCAAGGAUUCCUAAUCAGAAAAUACCCCGGGAACAUGACCUUCCAGCAGUGGAGCAGGAGGCUGGAAAUUCACUAUUUCUUGCCCCUGAAAUUCAUCACCUUGUCAGUGCCUUGCUCCGUCUUCCUGGUGUCCAUCGCACUGUUGAUUAAUUCCCUGAGGCGACACAGGGGGAGGAUGCGGCGCGGCGGCCACGGCCUGCAGGACCCCAGCAGCCAGGCUCACACCAGGGCCCUGAAGUCCCUCGUCUCCUUCCUCAUUCUGUAUGCUCUGUCCUUUGCGUCCCUGGUCAUCGAUGCUGCGGGUUUCUUCUGCUCGCAGAGUGACUGGUACUGGCCCUGGCAGAUUUUAAUCUACCUGUGCACCUCUGUCCAUCCCUAUAUCCUCAUCCUCAGCAACCUCCGGCUCCGAGGGGGGUGCAGGCAGCUACUUCUGUUGGUCAGGGGCUCCCAGCUGGCCUAG